CAUUCCUCUUCUCCUUUUUCGCUGCAUUUUUCCUCCUCGCGUGGCCAGAACCGCCGCGCGCGAUAACCCCGGCGGAGGGAAAGUUCCUCACGGCCUCUCUUUCUCUCUGCAGUAGCGUACCGGACCAGUUGUGGUCAGCAAGAUCGUGAGAUUCGGUCGCUCGCGCGUUGCAAGGUGAACAAGUUGCAGCGCGAUGCAUCGUGUAAAACGUUCCGUCCAAUGCGAUUCUGCAUCGAGAUUGGCCGUCCCCGACGUAAGAUUGUGAAGUGCCGCUCUUGGAUUGAGAUACCUCUCGCGCGCGCGUCAGCGUCAUCUCUUGCGGUCGUCACCGUUGUUAUUAUCGCGGUUUUACGCGAGUGUCCAAGGACCAGCUUGCUGCCACCGGUUGCUGAGAGACGCUCGUACCGCGGACGAUAUGCGUAUCUCCGUACGUGAGAUAAGCGCAGCUUUGACAGCGGUGCCAAAACCGGCGCGUGCGGCGAACGAUUAGUUGGACAAAGUGAUUACGGCACGCGCCGUUUCGCGAUCGCGAGCAACGAAGAGUACGUUGUUAGACGAGGAGAGACUCGAACGGUAUCCGAGUUCGUGUUCGUGAGUCUCCGAAAAUAUCGCGCGCAAACGCGAAAAUUAGUUGUUCGCGAGACGUUCGCGUUUAACGGGAAACCUGAGCGUAGGAAGUGCUCCAGUUUUGCGCGCGAGCACAACUCGGAGAAAAGCUCGGUGAUUAAACGAAAAUUCCAAUCGGGUUUAUCUGCAGCUCUCGAGACCGCGGUGAAUUUUCGAGGUGGCAGAGCAAACAGCUGGAGCGCGCGGUGGGCGAGGUGGAGUGUGUCGCGUCCACGGCGUGUCGGUCGAGAGGAGAUUUCAACGCGCGUGUAACACGCGUCCGGAUAUCGAUUCGCGCACCCGGAAAUGCCUGCGGUGAAGCUCUUCGGUCGAAAAUGGUUGGCCGCAACCGACGAUCUUGUGUACCCUGGCCUAUUCGAAUUAUUUAUCCGUAUUGUAUGGUUGAUUCUUAUAGGGAUCGCCUGCGUAAGGUACUACGAGGAUACGUGGAAUUGUCGGUUGGGAGGUGAAUUAGUGCGCGUGUACCUCCUCGGUGAGGCGGUCAUGCUUGGUAUCGUCACGCUUUUGAUACUCAUCAUUAUCAGGCAUAGCGCGAGAGGGGCCAUCAUGGACACGCAUGCCCGACGCUACGUUCAACCGCUCCUGACGGUCAAGAUAUUGAUGCUACUGCCGGAGAUCGGAUGGAACAUUUUGGGCACCCUGUGGAUUUUCGGACAGAGCGUGGAGUGCAAUCACGAGUCGUACUCUAUCACUGUCGUGGAGGCCCUAGUGUUCUUCGAUUGGAUCCUGAUCGGCCUCAGCAUUUUCGGCCUCGCCCUAGUGUUCGACCCGAUCGGCUCCUUGGAAAAGAAGCAGCUGGAGAGCUCCGCGGAGCACGGCAAGAUCUCGCGCAUCUGGCUACGGAGAUUCAAGUUUCUGUGGUGGAUGCGUAAGGACGAGAGCGCGAACGAGGCUUUUCAACAAGUUGCUGGUCUUUUAAGCGCCUUAUUUCGAGGCACGGAUUUGGUUCCCUCAGAUGUAAUGGCGGGAUGCGUCUUGCUAAGAGUCCGGCAGAAGCGAGAAAUUCACGAAUUGCGAAAGUUAAAUCUAAUCCCGCGUCCAAAAUACACUUCAGAUGGUAAUGAAAUCUUUUCGGGCACACCUAACUGGAUGUCCUUGGAAGCCGCCCAUCACUUCCUGCAACUAUCGAUCGCCUCCUACGGCUGGCUUUUCGUAAUAUAUCAGCACGCGUGUACCGGAUGUUUUCGUUUGAUACGCGGCAUGAGAUGCUGUGCUUGUUUCCGACGAAAACGUAAUAUUAUUCUGGACGAUAACUGUUGUCUCUGUUAUCUUUCUGGUGUGAAAUACUUGUCGAAGAUAUCUGAGGAGGAUAUUCUAUUCGCUUCCUUCAAAAAUCAUUUAUGUGAAAUACCAUUCUGCGUAAUGGUGGAUCACAAAACUGCCAGUAUUGUCGUGGCUAUACGAGGGUCGUUAUCCUUGAGAGAUAUAAUUACCGAUUUCGCGGCCGCGUCUGAUUCAUUUGAGUGUCCUGGCGUUCCACCAGGCAGCAUGGCUCAUAAAGGCAUGAUAAUAUGUGUAAAAGUAAUCUUAAAGCAAUUGGAGAAUCAUAAAAUCUUGGAAAGAGCGUUCGCCACGUAUCCUAAUUAUCAUUUGACGCUUACAGGUCAUAGUUUAGGAGCCGGUUUAGCCAUUCUGCUUGGUUUACUUAUACGUCCUCGUUAUCCGGAGUUGAGAGUCUACGCAUUUGCUACGCCUGCUGGACUGCUGAGCAGAGAAGCUGCUAGGGUCACGGAGGAAUUCGUAUUGACUGUAGGAUUAGGGGAUGAUCUCGUAAUGAGGCUUAGUGUGGAUAGUACAGAGAAUUUAAGGACUUCGUUACUGACAACUCUUCAUGCCUGUCGACUGCCUAAGUACAGAGUGGUCCUAAACGGAUUUGGAUACGCUUUGUUCGGAGUUCCCGAGAGAGAUCUGACUAAAACGUGGGUCAACCAUAACAUAAUUAACACAAUUCCGGGUCAAUCGCCUUUGCUAACUAAGCCCGGCGAUGUGGAUCAAAUAAUAGAGCGGGACAUAACAAAAAGAAGAUACUCGAGAAUGAAAUUAUUUAAUGCUGGUCGCAUACUUCACAUAGCUAGAUGCAAGCUCGAAAAAACGGAGGGAAAAAGUAAAAAACAACUCGCCAAGGAGAGAAAAUAUGAGAUGCGAUGGGCGCAAGCGGAGGAAUUUACGAAACUAACGGUGAUGCCACGCAUGCUCUUGGAUCACUUGCCAGAAAAUAUAGAACGGGCUUUAGCUACAUUACUGGAACAGCAGAACGAUAUACCAUAUUAUUUCGAUCCUUAGUGUAACCCAAAGAAGUGAUUUUAUAGUUUUAAUAAAGAGAACUUUCGCUAAA